AUGAACGGCCAGCUGAUUCCAGGAUUUUACUGGGAUCCAGAGAAGAAGAAAUAUUUCAAGAUCCAGAGCCAGAACGCAGCACGUGGCUUAGACCUCAGGUACUCGGCUGAAAAUAUUAGAAAAGAGGAACGCAAAGAGAAGAUACAAAAAGCCGCUGCUGCUCGAUCUAGUAAAAUUCGGAAAGAAAGAGUUGUUAGACGAAACCCAAACAGCAUCAUCCAGACUAGCAUCGAGAGAGAGCUUGGCUCUAAGCGGCGGUCAUAUUAUUUCAACAAUCUCUGGACAGAUGUUUGUGCUUUCGGAAUCAACACUCGGCCCAAACAGGUCAUUAGUAGACGACCCUGCCAUGCAUCAAUACGGGUUUUCGACAGAGACCCAGUCUCUCGCACAAUAUAUGCAGUUCAAGGAUCCAAUAGCGUCAAUAUGCAGCGCAUACGUACAAAAGAUGAUCCACCAGCCAUGGAAACAGAUCCUAGCGAUUACUACGACCCAUUACUUGCCAGCCCAUAUGCUUUUCACCCAUGGGAUGAAGUGACACGUACUACGUCGACAGCAUCAUCCUUGACCUAUCUUCCAGCUACUGGCGCCCUGGCUGUAACGACAUACGGUUCUGAUCGACCUCCUGAAGUGUGGCUCAGUGACCCAGAGCGCGACCAGCCAUACGUAGGCCAGAAAUUUACACCUAGAGAUUGUACUGCCAUAUGGACCGCCAGCGCGCGACCUACAUCCUUCAACGCACCCCCGACCAUCCCCACCACAAUCGCAGCAUCCCAAACCGAGCAUCUAGCCGUCGCAGCCUCUUCCUCUCUCCUCCUCUUCACCCGCUCCCAAUGCGGAACCUGGGACUCAACCCUCGCCCUCAAACCCCUCUCCUCCGACAUCCUAGCCCUAGACUGGCUCUCCUACACCACCCUCGCCCUCGGCUCCCGCGACGGCUCCAUCCGCCUCUAUGACACCCGCUCCGGGGGAUCAAGCCACAUCCUAUCGCACCCGUACCCGAUCUCCAACCUCAAACGCGCAGACGACGCUUCCCGCCUCGUAUGCUCCGGUCUCGAAGACUCGCUCUGUCUAUACGAUUUGCGAUCUCCCCGCCAGCUACCAAAAUCCAACAACCAGCAUCACCAGAAUUUCCCUAAACGAAGGAAGUACACGCAUGGAAAUCGUAAGGCGGUGUCGACUCCGCUUCUCGUGUUCGAACAUGCGAAUCGCGAGGAACUCGAUUUGGAUAUCGCGGUUCAUCCGCGGUUGGGGUUGUUGGCCGCAGCGCAGGAUCUUGCGACUGGGACGGCGAUUCGGGUUAGUAACUUGUAUACAGGCAAGAUGGUCAGGGAGAUUAAGUGCGAGGGGAAGGUGGGGAAGAAGGGAAAGGGCGGGUGGGAAAGUAUUCGGUCGUUGAAGUUUGUGGAGGGAGAGGGAGAGGAGAGUGGAGGGGUGGAGUUGUGGUCGUGUUGGAAUGGGGGGAUUGGGGAGUUUAGUUGGUGA